AUGGCAUUGAGGCUGUAUCGGAAGAAAUUCGAGGACGCAGAAGCGCUCUUCGACAGCGGCGAUAUAGCUGGCUGCAUAUUGGCAGCUCAGCGCAACAUAACCGACACAACUCUUCCGCCGUACUACAUUAUAAGAAACUGUAUACUUCUCACGAGCGCUAUGGAUAACUGGGACGAUGGCAAUGACUGGAGGCUCGCAGCGGAGAGCUGUCACAGUAAUACGGUACGGCGGGCAACGGAAAUGAAUGAUGCCGAUUCGCUCGCUGCCCUACAAGAUCUCCGUGAGGAGCUUGACUGGUUGGCUGAGCAGCGAGACCAAUAUCUCCAGGAACACAGAGCAUGGAUGCUUGAACAAGAGGGAGAGGACGAUGACGCCGAGACGGACUCGGAAGGAGAUGGAGUUGAGUUGGACGACAGCAAGGAGGAGGCGGAGAUGGAAGCCAAGGACGUUGAGUUAGGCGAGAGUAACGCGUUGAUGGGAGGUGGGGACACUCAACACCUUCCGAUCCGCGGACCACAAGCUCCCACGGCAAGCCUCGUAGUCAAUCGAGAGGACGAGCGUUCUGCCAUUCUUGCAGCGACCGCCUUCCUUUUCGAAUGCCAGUCGUACAUACCGGGGCAUAUGCAAGGUCAGUAUACCCAGGCGGUCCUGGAACUUCAGGAAGCUGCCAUGCGCACCAUCAACAGCAUGUCUUCCACAGCUUCCGCAGCUUAA